AUUUCCAUGUGGUAGGAUAAGAUCGUGUUGUUCGUGAUGGAAUCUCAGCAAGCUCAAUCUCAAUCGCAGUCGUCAUCUGUUAGAAGCCCCACCACUACCUCUUGUCGAAAGAAGAAAUCAGAGGAAGCCAGUUUCUUGGCUGAUCUAAGGGAUCACAUUGAUGAAUUUGUUCAUGCUUCCAUGGACGAACACAAGACAUGCUUUAAGAAGACCAUUCAAAAGAUGUUUGGAAUGUCGAAGGUUGUUGCUGAAAGGAAUUCUGGUCUAAAUGAAGUUGAAAGUUCUCUGCCUCUUCAAACAAUAGUCUCUGAAAAAUAAUGGUGAGCAAGAUCAUCUUUUCUUUUCAUGAAAACAGUAUUUUUUUUCUUUCUUUUGUACCCAUAUGUUUAUCACUGUAGUCCAACUUUUCCAAGAUAUACAUAGGUUUCAGGUUCUGAUGCAUCGAAACACAAAUAUUUCAAUGUAGGAUUCAGGCUGUGCUCCCUGAACUUUUCCAAGAUAUACUUAGGUUUCUCAGUGUCC